ACAUUUUGGGCUAUGGCACAUAGCAUAUUUCUGGGUGAAAUAAAUUGAAAUUAACUCGUGUUUAAUAUACCGUUUGCACGUCGGAUAAAAAAGUGUUCUCCAUUCCAAGAUAUGACAGAAAAAAGUAAAUUUCUUAUACUUGGUGGUGGUAUAUCAGGCUUGACUGCAGCUUAUAGCUUGCUUAAAAAAGUUGCAGAUCCCAGUAAUAUAAGCAUAGUAGAGUCAUCUUCAAGAUUAGGAGGUUGGAUUGAAUCGAAAAGGCAUGCAGAUGGGGCUGUUUUCGAGCAUGGACCUCGUGGAUUGCGACCUGCUGGACCAAAUGGCAGAGCUUCUCUAAAAAUGGCAUACGAUCUUGGUCUAAAAGAUGAAGUUAUUGCUGUGUCAUCAGAUCAUGUAUCUGCACAAAACAGGUACAUUUAUGCACAUAAUAAAAUGCAUAAAGUGCCAUCAGGGAUCAAAGCUCUUUUCAAACCGCAAUCUCUUUUCAAAACUCCUCUACUUCCUACACUAUUAAAGGAACCUUUUGUAUCACAAAAGAAAACUAAUGAUGAUGAAAGUGUAUAUGAAUUUAUAGAGAGAAGACUAAAUAGUGAGAUUGCAGAUUACUUGAUUGAUCCAAUGUGUCGUGGUAUUUUUGCUGGUGACAUCAGAAAAUUAAGUCUCAAGUCAUGCCUUCCCAUGCUUUAUAACCUUGAAAAGGAUUCUGGUUCCAUUGUGAAGGGGAUGUUGUUUGCAAAACGUGUCAAAGAUGUGGAAAGUUCUAAUUUGUUGAUUGAAAAAGCUUCAAAGGAAAAAUGGAGCUUGUGGUCAUUCAAAGAGGGUUUGACAACUUUAGUCGAAGCAUUGGAAAAUAAUUUGAUGAACUCUGGGGUGAAAAUAUUAAAAAACUCUUGUUUGAAGUCAAUUGAAUUUGGUUCUGAGAAAAUAAUCAGAGCAACUUUAGCAGAUAAGUGAAGUGCUUUUGCACAUCAUCUUAUCAGCGCCAUUCCAUCUCAUAAAUUAGCAGAAAUACUCCCCAUUGAGCAUGAGCUGUUGGGACAAUAUCUUCGAAAAAUCCAUGCAGUCACCGUUGCUGUGGUUAACUUAGAAUAUGAUGGGUCAGUACUGGAUGUUGAAGGAUUUGGUUAUUUAUAUCCCUCACUUGAGUCAAAAAAGAUCUUGGGUGUCAUCUUUGAUUCGUGCACAUUUCCCGAAGGUGAUCGCAGAUCUUCAAAAUCCACGCGUUUAACGGUCAUGCUUGGUGGUAACAAUUUUGAGGAGCAAUUCGGUAAACCAGACUUGGUUAACCACGAUGAGAUCAAACAAGAAGCAACGACGUCCUUACGCGAAGCUCUUGAUUUUCGAAGUGAACCAAGUAAAAUAAGCGUUACCAUCCAAAAAGACUGUAUACCACAAUACUAUAAAGGCCAUGGUGAUUUAAUUGAAAAAAUAAGGAACUAUAUCGAUAAAGAAGAAAAACUUCCACUGACGUUGGUUGGAAGUUGGUAUGAUGGUGUUGGUAUAAAUGAUUGUAUAUAUCACACUCAAAUUGCAGUAAAUAAAUUGUUUAGCAUUUAAUAUUGAAUAAUAGUGCCAACUAAAUAGACAAUAGUGAUUAUUCAUACAUGUUCAUGUAUAAAGUGCAUCCGCGUUGAAAAAAAUGCGGUGGCAUAUAGUUAUGGAAGAAUUAGCAGAUUUUUCUAAGUACAGAAAAACUACGUAUAACUAAUGUUUUCACAACAAACCUACGCUUACAAACAACACAUAUAAUUAAUGGAAUGAAUCUUUGUUAUAGAAUUACAAAUAUCCUAUCGAA